AUGUUAGCAGAGCCCUUCUUUAACAGGCACCCAGGUAUUUGGAAGAUGCUCACAGUGACAAUGUGCAUGGUCCUUCUGGGCUGCCUACAGGCCCACAAGCUCCAGGGACAUGUCUCCAUAAUCCUGCUGGGAGCAACUGGGGACCUGGCUAAGAAGUACUUAUGGCAGGGACUAUUCCAGCUAUAUCUGGAUGAAGCGGGGAAGGGCCAUAGUUUCAGCUUCCAUGGGGCUGCUCUGACGGCCCCCAAGCAGGGCCAAGAGCUCAUGGCCAAGGCCCAGGAAUCUCUCUCCUGCCCCAAAGACAUGGCAGCUGGUGACUGUGCUGAACUCAAGAAUCAGUUCCUGCAGCUGAGCCAGUACCACCAACUGAAGACACCUGAGGACUAUCAGGCUCUCAGCAGGGACAUCGAGGCACAGGUCCAGCAUGAAGGCCUCUGGGAGGCUGGUAGGAUUUUCUACUUCUCGGUGCCGCCCUUUGCCUACACAGACAUUGCCCGCAACAUCAACAGCAGCUGCCGUCCGGGCCCAGGUGCCUGGCUGCGGGUUGUCCUUGAGAAACCCUUUGGCCACGACUACCUCUCAGCCCAGCAGCUGGCCACAGAACUUGGGAACUUUUUCCAAGAGGAGGAGAUGUACCGGAUAGACCAUUACCUGGGCAAGCAGGCUGUGGCUCAGAUCCUGUCUUUCCGAGACCAGAACCGCCAGGCCUUGGAGGGCGUCUGGAACCGGCACCAUGUGGAGCGGGUGGAGAUCAUCAUGAAGGAGACUGUGGACGCCGCAGGUCGCACUGGCUUCUAUGAGGAGUAUGGCGUCAUUCGCGACAUCCUCCAGAACCACCUGACCGAGAUCCUCACCCUUGUGGCCAUGGAGCUGCCGCGCAAUAUCAGCGACUCCACAGCAGUGCUACAGCAGAAGCUGCAGGCCUUCCAGGCCCUGCGGGUCCUGCAGAGGGGCAGCGCCGUAGUGGGCCAGUACCAGGCGUACAGCGAGCAAGUGCGCACAGAGCAGCAGAAGCCAGACGGCUUCCGCAGCCUGACGCCAACCUUCGCAGGCAUCCUCGUCCACGUCGACAGCCUUCGCUGGGAGGGUGUUCCCUUCAUCCUCAUGUCUGGCAAAGCCAUGGACGAGAGGGUGGGCUACGUCCGCAUCUUGUUCAAGAACCGGGCAUAUUGUGCACAGAACGAAAAGCAUUGGGACCCAGUGCAGAGCCAGUGCCUGCCUCGACAGAUCAUCUUCUACAUUGGACACGGUGAGCUGGGAGGCCCUGCCAUGCUGGUCAGUCGGAGCCUGUUCAAGCCCUCCGUGUCCCCCCAGAGCUGGAAGGAAAUGGAGGCCCGGCCUGGGCUCCGCCUUUUCGGCCGCCCUCUGUCAGAUUACUAUGCUUACAGCCCCGUGCAGGAGCAGGACGCCUACUCCGUCCUCUUAUCUCAUAUCUUCCACUGCCAAAAGGGUUCCUUCAUUACCACAGAGAACUUGCUGGCCUCCUGGGUCUUCUGGACCCCCUUGCUGGACAGCCUGGCACACGAGGUCCCACGCCUCUACCCAGGAGGGGCCGAAAAUGGCCAUCUGUUGGACUUCGAGUUCAGCGGCAGCCAGUUGUCCUUUUCCCAGCCUCAGCCGGAACAGCUGGUACCAGGACCAGGAAUCACCCCAAUGCCCAGUGACUUCCAGGUUCUCGGGGCCAAGUUCCGAGAGAGCCCCCUGGUUGCAGCCUGGCCUGAGGAGCUCAUCUCUAAGCUGGCCAAUGACAUUGAGGCCACAGCAGUGCGAGCAGUGCGGCGCUUUGGCCAGUUCCACCUGGCGCUCUCGGGUGGCUCAAGCCCCAUAGCCCUGUUCCAGCAGCUGGUCAUGGGGCACUACGGCUUCCCCUGGGCCCACACACACGUGUGGCUGGUCGAUGAGCGCUGCGUCCCGCUCUCGGAUCCAGAGUCAAACUUCCAGGGCCUGCAGGCUCACCUGUUGCAGCAUGUCCGGGUCCCCUACUACAAUAUCCACCCCAUGCCUGUGCACCUGCACCAGCGUCUCUGUGCAGAGGAGGACCAGGGUGCCCAGGUCUAUGCCCAGGAGAUCUCUGCUCUGGUGGCCAACAGCAGCUUUGACCUGGUGCUGCUGGGCAUGGGCACCGAUGGGCACACGGCCUCCCUCUUCCCUCAGUCACCCACCGGCCUGGAUGGCGAGCAGCUGGUAGUGCUGACCAGGAGCCCCUCUAGGCCGCACCACCGCAUGAGCCUCAGCCUGCCCCUCAUCAACCGGGCCAGGAAGGUGGCAGUCCUGGUCAUGGGCAGGAUGAAGCGUGAGAUUACCCUGCUGGUGAGCCGUGUGGGCCAUGAGCCCAAGAAGUGGCCCAUCUCGGGCGUCCUGCCCAGCUCUGGCCAGCUGGUCUGGUACAUGGACUACGAGGCAUUUCUGGGGUGAUGGCACCUCGCCCUUUGCUGACCCAUGCUUUCUCUCACCUGUCUCCCUCCCUCCCCUGAUCCCACCCCUGGCCCAGCGUGCCCUGCCUCUCUGGAAUCUGAUGCCCCAGUGUCAGGUCCUAGAGAGGGAAGGACGAGGCCCUGCCCCAUUACCUUUGGCCAUCAUUCUGUCUAGUUGUGGGUGGAUGCAGAAACAAGGAAGAAAUGGAAUCUCUGCUCUCGAGAAGCUUCAAAUCCAGGCCAGGAAAGAAACCUUAAGAAGAGACCUACAUUAGUUACACAUUAAUAUCAACCAGAACAAAAUAAGGUGGUGUGAAAGCUCCCAAGUUCAGAAAAAGGAACAUGAUGGGCUGAGGUUAAUCAGGACAAGUUUCCUGGGGAGGUGAUCCUUGAACUGGCUCCCAUGGAACACAAGAGCACGACUGGUGGAGAGAAGGGCGCAGAGGCACCCAUGGGAGUGCAGUGCCCAGAGCAGAGCAGGAAAGCUGGGAACCAUCCAGAGACCUUGAGCCAGCCAAGUCCCUGCUUCCCCCAGCUGUCCCUCUGUCCAGAGCCUCUGCACAUUCAGUCCUGUCCUCUCCUCUUCACAGCUGCCUCCUGC